CGAUACUUGGUACAUCUUCCACCCGUCUCACUAUUUGUUUUUGAUUAUCCUUCGCAACACUCAUUUGCAUCCUCACAGCCAUGUCCGGCCCAUCCCAGCAGCUGGCUCCCAACAUGGCAGCAUCACUCGCCCAGCUUUCACCGGCAAAACUGUCUCAGCUGCAACAACAAAUACCCGACCUCUUGACAGACGCGGAGAAGCUCUUGCCAGAGGACAAGCGGAACGAAGUGUUCCGGGAGAAAAUGCUGAGCAAAAUGGUUACCCAGGCGAGGCAACAGCAGGCUCAACAACAGCAACAACAGCAAGGGAUGGGUAUGAAUAUGGGCCAGAUGGGGAAUGGCAUGAUGAACCUCCAAAACAAGCCGCAAAUGGCGAACCAGUCGGCUCACCAAGACCAAAUACGGCUACAGCUCGCACAACAGCAACAGCAACAGCAUGUCGCUGCUAUGCUGGAGAAAUCCCGACAAGCUGCGGCUGCUCAACAUCAACAAACCGGAGCUGGACCUCGUCAACCAACUCCCAAACCAGGACAGCAGGCAAUGACUCCCAACCCAAUGGCUCAAGCAGCCAUGUCAGCAUCCCCCAACUCUCACGGUAUCGGUUCGCCCCAAGUGAAUAUGCGGCAAUCACCCAGUACUACAUCGGGUGGGGCGGGCCGGCCGAUGCUGAACAUGCAGGGUAUCAAGACGUUGGUGGAAAACUUUCCAAAACUGUUGGAAUUGAAGAGGAUGGGAAAAUUGAAGCCAGAGCAAGAGCGCCUGUUUGAUCAAUUCAUUAACUCUCCCGAUGGCCGCAAUCACCUCCAACAAUUUCAAGCGCACCAAGCCCGUGCUCUUGUUGAGCGAGGUCUAGCCAAUCCCGUGGCUAUGCCUCCUGGUACCCAACCACAACCACACUCUACCCAGACCCCCAUUAUGAACAACAUGAACCUCCCUCUGACCGCGCAGCAACAAAUGGCUGCUCUCCAACAACAACAACAACAACAACAGCAGCAGCAGCAGCAGCAGCAGCAGCAACAGCAACAACAGCAAGGAUUUGGCCAGCAACAACAACAUGCCCUGGCGGCUCAACUCUCUCAGCAAUUCCCGCAAGGUAUUCUACCUGCCGGAUGCAAUACCCAGCUCACCGCGCAACAAAUGCAACAAAUCCAACUCCAGCGUCUCGCGGCCGCUCAAGCUCAGCUGGCUAAUCAGGGCCAUGCCGCACUUAACGUACAACAAGGUCGACCACCUAAUCCGGCGAUGAUCAAUCAAGCUGCCGCUCUAGCUCGUGCCGCUGCCGCCGCACAAGUUGCCCAAGGAGGAGCACAAGGUCAAUCACCACACAUGCAGCAAGGUACACCUCAAGCUUCUGCUCCAAACCUCACGCAAACGCCUAACCAAGGCCAAGCAUCGCAGAACUUUAACUCCCCUCAUCCUCAUCCUUCUGUGCAGAAUGCCGCUCGACCUAUACCGGGCACUCGUCCCCCGAUGACGUUACAGCAAAUGCUACACAACAUCCAACCCCAUUUGGCGCGGGUGGCGCCGGAUAAGGUGGAGAGUGUGAAAGCGGUGUUAGUGAGACUGGCGAGCAUGAGCGAUGAGGAGAGGGAAGCGACUCUCCGCCAAAGUACUCACUGGAUUCCCCUCUGGCAACGCGCAACCGCUCAGCCGAUCAAUAAUGCCCAACAUCAGAAUCCCCAACAACUCGCCGCUGCUCAAGCUCAAGUACAAGCUGCUGCAGCUGCUCAAGCGCAGGCUCAAGCUCAUGCUGCCGUUCAAGCCCAAGCUCUCGCCGCCUCUCAUGGGCAAAGUGGAUCACCACACAUCAAUUUCGCCAACGUCAAUGCUGCUCGCGCUUCAGGUACACCCGGUCAAGGCGGUACCCCUCUUCCUGGGAACAUGAACUUGCCCAACCUCCAUAUUCCGGUCGGGAAACAGAGAGGCAGCAUCUCUGCUACGAGCGCGAAUGGGCAAUCACCCCAAGUACGUCCACCUGUCCUGCAAGGGCAAUCACCAGGUGACAUUGCCAAUGCGGCUGGCGGUGGGGGACCAGAUCCUUCCCUCGUGCAACUUAUGAUCGAGCAAGGUAUCCCCGUUCAUCAAGCUGCGCAGGUACUCGCUCGUCAACAGCAACUUGCAGCAGCGUCAGCUUCUCUCGGGGUAGGCAUGGGGUUGGGAGGUAUACCGACGUUCCCGCAGGGAUCCCAGGCUCAAGCACAGGCUCAAGCACAAGCACAGCUGGCAGGGAUGGGCGGUAUGCAGGGGAUGCCGGGGAUGGGUAGUGUAGGUGGCAUUGGGCAACAGAUGGGAGUAGCGGGCCAGCAGCAACAACCGCAGCAGCAACAGCGGAACAUCACUCCGGCCAUGCUCAUCGCCCAGUAUUCACAUGAGAUCCCUCCUCGUCCACCUCCUCUUCGACCUGAGCUCAUCCUCCCCGAUGCCCCUGCGCCUGCGGAUCGUACAGGAUCUCUCCUUGCACGUGCAUCUGCCACCUAUACCCCUGUGGGCUCUUCCUCCAGCGUCAACGCCCAAGGUCAGACCCAAACCGGAUCCGCCUCUGCCUCAGCUUCCGCCUUUGGAUCGGGAUCACAAACCCAGGCCCAAAUCCAAGAAGAAGGUCGCGAUAUGCGCUCAACGCUGUUCAAACCGCUGAACAGCAUGGAAACUGGUACGAAAUUGGUUGGCCGUGGGACAUUGGGCUGGAACAGGGUGGUUAGGGAACUGGUUGAUGAUUGGCCAGAAGGGCUGAGGGAGGUGGUAGAUGAAGAGGCGGAGGAUGAAGAGGAUGGGAAUGGGGUUAUGGGAGACGAAGGGGAACAUAAAGGGCGGGUGAGUGGAAUGCCAGGACAGCGGAAAAGAAAGGUACAAGAAUUGGCGGAGGAGGUUGAUAAGGCGUUGAGAAUACCAAAGGAUUCUGAGACUUUGUUGUUGGAGAUCUUCGACGAACACUGUGAUAUUGUCUCGGAAUCAAGCUGUAUGCUGGCUAAGCACCGAAAGGCAAGUACAGUCGACAGAAAGGACAUUCAGCUUUCGUGGGAACUUUUAUACGGCCGUAUCAUCCCCGGUUUCUCCGCUGACCGAAUCAGAGCGGACCAAUCACGCUCUUCAGCACGUCAUCGGCAGGCCAAUGCAGGAUAUGCUGCUAAACUUCGAGCGGUCGGCGAGGCGAAGGGUGCGUGGAGAAAAGAGAAGAGGGAGAGGGAGAAGGGGAAGGAAAAUGAUGCUGAUGGUGAGAGGGAGGAACAUGAAAGGGAAAAGGGGACUGUUGCGUUGAACGGGGUGGGUGAUGGGGUUGGUGUUGGAGCGAGUAUAAGUGUCGGGCCAGCGAUCGGCCAGGGAAUGAAGGGAAUAAAGGUUGAAGAAGUGGUAGCGUAGCGAGAAUAGACAGAAGGGGCAGGUGUACAAUCAACCGAAAUCUUUUACUGUUAUAAUUCGAUUGUUGUUGUUUAUUAGCCCAGUGAUAAGAGCAGUCUACUUGUACAUGCAUCCCGGUCAGGUGCUG